AUGGAUAUCUGCGCCUGGAUACUCAGCUUUUUUACGUCAGAGAUUCCACGACGUCCACGAACUGAUCACCGAAGAAAUCGAAGUACUGAAGAUUUCGAGGCCGACCUCUGUCAGCAAUGUCGGAAAGUACCCAGAGCUUACGACGAGACGACCAAAAGGUCACUCCCCUACUGCAGCAGAAAAUGUGCAGAACGGGCUGGAGCUAUACCGACAAGCUCAUCCACGAGAACUAGGCGUGUCGUGGGUUCCACCUCUGCGUUCAGUCCGUCGACAACCGCGCUAUCCUCGACAGCUCUUUCACCAUUCUCUAGUACGGACGAUCUCUGCGAGUUCUGUGGCGUGAAGCAGAAAUGGACAGACUCGACAGGCUUCACACACCCAUACUGCGGCAAAACCUGCGCACGAAAGAUGCGCACGAACAGCCAGAACAGGCCCAUAUCAAUGAAAUCGCCACUGGUCGGCUUCCAGGCGAUCUCGACGCCCAUGGCUAAUGGGGGCGAUCAGGCGCAGGCGCAAGCGACGACUGGCCAGGCCUCGUCGGAACUUUGUGAGGUAUGCGGCAAACGACCAAAGUAUGUCGAAUCGGAUGGACGGAAACAUCCAUACUGCAGCAGAACUUGCGCCGCCACACGAACGCCGCUAAAACCCCAAAACACCCAGCCCUUCUCACCAACGAGUCCAAUCUUCCUCCCCGGCGAAGCCACUGACCCGACGAAUGCCAUCCUCUUCUACCAUCGUCAUGAACCACAUUAUGGCUUCACGAACUUCUCGGACCAUCCUGUUACCUACAAAAAGAAGGUGUACCCGACGAGCGAGCAUCUGUUUCAGUCGUUCAAGUUUUUGAAGUAUAAACCUGAGAUCGCUGAGAAGAUCAGACAAUGCGAAAAUCCGAGGGCGGCAUUCCAAGAAGCGAGGAAAUACGCAUCAGACGUUCGGGCCGAUUGGUUCAAAGUGAAUAUCCGGAAGAUGGAUGAGGCGAUCGGACUCAAGUUCAAGCAGCAUCCUGAGCUCAAAGAUGAGCUGUUGGCUACGGGAAAUAAACUACUCGUCGAGAACGCCGGUGCAGCAGAUGCGUUCUGGGGUAACGGUGCUGAUGGGCAAGGGCGCAACGAGUUGGGCAAGGCGCUCAUGCGUCUGCGCAGUCGGCUUCGUGACGAGGCGUAG